AUGGUUGUUUCCGCAUCGAAGGCUAAGCGCCAAGCUGAGAAAGCCGCCAAGGCCGCCGCCAAGGCCGAAAAGACUGGCUCGUCGAAGGACUCCGUGACCACGGAUGCGACCUCGAAGACGGCAUCGACCGACGCUACGAGCGUAAGCGAGGGUCCCAUCACGGAUAUGAAGAAGCUGGCUAUUGCUACGGAGCGCAACGCCUCUGGUGUCAUUAUUAGUGACAAGCAGAGCCGUGACGUGCACAUUGACAGUUUCUCUAUGUCUUUCCAUGGCCGUCUGUUGAUUGAAAACGCGACCAUUGCACUAAACUAUGGUCAGCGUUACGGUCUUCUUGGUGAGAAUGGUUCUGGUAAGACUACGUUCCUGGAGGCUCUGGCCAACCGCGACGUGGAAAUCCCCGAGCACAUUGACAUCUACCUGGUCCGUGGUGAAGCAGAACCCUCGGACGAGAAUGCGCUGGAUUAUAUCAUCAAGUCUGCGCGUGAGAAGGUGGCUCGCCUGGAAAAGGAGAUUGAGGACAUGUCAGUGGCCGAUGAGGUCGAUGAGGUGGGUCUGGAGCUAAAGAUGGAGGAGCUCGAGGACCUGGAUCCCAGCACGUUUGAGGCCAAGGCGGGUGCUAUCCUGCACGGUCUCGGCUUUUCGCAGACGAUGAUGGGCAAGCCGACGCGUGACCUGUCGGGUGGUUGGCGUAUGCGAGUGUCGCUGGCUCGUGCGCUGUUCAUUAAGCCGCACCUGCUGCUGAUGGAUGAGCCGACCAACCACUUGGAUCUCGAGGCCGUCGUGUGGCUGGAGGCCUAUCUGUCUACCUACAACCAUAUUCUGGUGCUGACGUCGCACAGUGCCGACUUUAUGGACAAUGUGUGCACCAACAUUCUGGACCUGACGAUUCAAAAGAAGUUCAUCACCUACGGUGGUAACUACUCGACAUAUGUCCGAACCAAGACGGAGAACGAGGUGAACCAGAUGAAGGCAUACCACAAGCAACAGGAGGAGAUUGCUCAUAUCAAGAAGUUCAUUGCGAGUGCGGGUACCUACGCCAACCUGGUGAAGCAGGCCAAGUCGAAGCAGAAGAUCAUUGACAAGAUGGAGGCGGCUGGUCUGGUGGAGCCCGUCGUGGUGCCCAAGCAGCUGCGCUUCAACUUUGAGGAUGUGCGUAAGCUUCCGCCUCCGAUCAUUGCCUUCAACGAUGUCGGUUUCAGCUACAGUGGUAAGGAGGAGGACUUCUUGUACAAGGACCUCAGCUUCGGUAUCGACAUGGACAGCCGUGUGGCGAUUGUGGGCCAGAACGGUACCGGCAAGUCGACGCUGCUCAACCUCAUUACGGGCCAUCUCCAGCCGGUGACGGGUAGUGUGCAGCGCCACUCGGGUCUGAAGCUGGGCAAGUACUCGCAGCACUCGGCGGACCAGCUGCCGUACGACAAGAGCCCGCUGGAGUAUAUGGAGAGCAAGUACAAGGAGAAGUUCCCCGACAAGGACGUGCAGUUCUGGCGUGGUCAGCUUGGCCGCUUCGGUCUCUCGGGCUCGCACCAGACCUCCGCCAUUCGCACACUCUCCGACGGUCUCCGCAACCGUGUCGUGUUCUCGCAGCUUGCCAUGGAGAACCCUCAUAUUUUGCUGCUUGAUGAGCCUACUAACCACUUGGAUAUGGGCUCGAUUGAUGCGUUGGCGAAUGCGAUCAAAGAGUUUGAGGGCGGUGUCGUCAUUGUGUCGCACGACUUCCGCCUCAUUUCGCAGGUGGCGCAGGAACUCUGGGAGGUCAAGGACCGCAAGAUUGUCAACCUGACCAAGCAGGACAUCAGUAUUCAAGACUACAAAAAGAUCCUUAUGAAGAACAGUGCCGAUGCGAUUGAGCGCGCCAAGCUGACGGCCAAGUCCAACUAA